ACACCAAAAGUUUUACUUGAGAUUAUAUCUUAAAUAAUAAUAGAAAUUACUAAGAUUAUUUUAUCUGUCGUUAUCUAUGAAGUAGUGUAAACGUCACUUGUCUAACCUCAAAAUCAAUUUUAAAAAGUCAACAAAAUGACAAAAUUAGUAGAAUGGGUUACGGUUUUAACCGUUUUAUUGUCGAUAUGGUACACGUUAUUAACAGGAAAAGUGGCCCCCACCUUCGUGAACAAUAAUUACACCCUCAUACUUUAUUCUCCAAUAAUUUUCGUCAUUUUAUUCGGGUUGUACGCCGCUACUGUUGUAUUAUAUAGAACAUUCACCUUUAAUAAUUGUGAAGAAGCUGCUGCCGAACUACAAGAGGAUAUUAAAGAAGCUAGAGAAGAUUUAACCAAAUUAGGGUUUAAAUUUAAGGAAACCAAAGCUUAACGAAGUUGAAAACUUGAGACUGACUUUUAUCACAAUUAAAACAGCUGCAGGUUAAUGACAUGCUGUUUAUAAGAUCAUUCCAACAUGAAUUAGUAUUUUUCUAAACGUUUGAAAGCAGUAAAUAAAUUAUUAUUGUUAUAAUAA